AUGAAAUCUUCUCAAGCAAUCUUACAAUAUAAGACCGUAAUUGGUGAAAUUGUAAGCAAAGAAUUAUCAAAUUUACCAGGUUCUGCUGCUUCCCUAGAGUCUCCUUUAGAUGUAUUCAAAACACCGUACUACAAAUACUCCAAAAACAAAAACAAAACAACAAUAGAUGAUGGUGAUGUAAUAUUACGUCGAUGUUUAUCACCAGUUAAUGAAAAGGUAAUAGUUGUUCCUUAUCUAGUUAACGAAUUAAAGUUUUUAGGUAAUAAUCGCAAUUAUAAAACAUGUUUUGCAAUAUUAGAAAGAAUUCAUAAUAUGAGUUAUGUUUGGCAAAUAGAUUUAUCUAAAAGACAUAAAUUUAUCCAAUCUACCAAAACUGUGUCUUACUUAUCCAAAAAUAGACAACAACUAAUGGAAAGUAUGCCUUAUGAAAUAUUAAACGAAUACAUAAGUAUAAUAUAUUCUAAGGUAUGUAAUUACUCUGCUUCUAAAACCGAAAUACAUAGAUUAAGCGAGUUAGUAUUAGAUAUUUUGAAUAAAGGUCGAUUUUAUCAAGAUUCCAAUAAAAAAAUGAUGAUUCCUCUUAGAAUAUGGAAAAAAUGUUGCAACAUAAUUACACGCACCGGCAGUAUAUAUUUUGUAGACAGAUUUUUACAAAUAAGUUCAAGCAAUGAUCCCAUUUUAAAGGAUUUUGCAGCGAUGGAUUUACAAUUAACUACUAAACAAUAUGAGCCUUUUAUAAAUAUGUUUGUCGAAAAAUAUUCCGAUUUGGAAAAACAUGAACUUAAGCCAUACAAAGAAAUUUUUUCCAAAAUGUAUUUGAAAGCACUUUUGUUGAUUUUAAAUACGAGAGGAUAUGAGAUGGAGUGUUGUAAGAUGUAUGGACUGGCAAGAAAGUAUUGUGCCCAUGAUUUAAAAUUGGAUAUACUAAAUAAGACUGAAAAGGUUGGGUUCUUAAGCCUGGGGCUAUUGGUUAAAGAUGAUAUUUCACGAGACUUAAUUGAUUUAAAGGACUUUCAAUUGACCUUUGAUCAGUAUCUAAAAGCUUUUGUUACUAAUAAUAUAGAUUUUACUAGUGCCAUUACUAAAAACUACACACAAGAUUUAGAUUUUUUGACGAUGACAAUCACUUUACCUGAUGGAAUAGUAGAAUUCAAGGAAUAUGUUGAUUAUUGUUUUAAAAUAAUUGACGGGAGGGACAAAUUAAAACCAUUAGUGAUUCAUCACCUUUUAAAAUUUUCAGCGGAAAACUAUAGGUUAAGUGGAGUUCUAGACAUUUUGACACAAAUUUUGAAAGUGUCCCAUUACCAAUUGAAAGAUUUACUUGACGUUACAAAUUUUUUACAAAACGAUAGAGAUGCAAUUUUUUCAAUUUUUCAAGCUUUGGCUAGAAGCACCUCGGGUAAAAUCACUGGAUAUCUUAUAUACAAAACAUUUGAUGAAUUGAACCUUGCUAGAAAAUUUACUGUAGAAGAUUAUUAUUGUUUGAUUAAAUCAUGCUUAUGUGGUGACGAGCAUCUUUCCAGCUACUUUUAUAUAUAUGAACUAGUCAAGAACUGGGGGCAUACGUUUUUACAGGUGGAUAAGCUUGAUAACGAAGUAAUAUCACUAAAUGGACCAUGUUAA